AUGGAAUUUUUAAAAACGUUUGACUCGGAUGACGACGUAGAAUUCGUCGAGACAUUCUUCAACGUUGUGCAACACAUUCACGACGAAGAAAGUUCGAAUGCUGCUCGUACAAGGGCGGUCGUCAAUCGUGAUCGCCAAGCCGCACACGACUUAUUGCUGUUUCUUGCUGUCCCCGUUGCUGUGAGUUAUCUUCAUAUUCUCCCUUCACUGCUACAGGGAACCCGACUAGCUCUACGGUCUUCCACCUUUGUGAAACAUAUUCAUCAUGUUGUUGGCCAAACAGCUCUCUAAAUCUUGUCAUUCUAAAAUAACCCAAUGAAGAUGUUCGUCAUGACCAUCUAUACAAGCUUCAUUUUGAUCAAUGAAAACAUUUUGAGUUAUUAAUUCCCAGGAACCCUUUCUUAUGCUAUAAACCUCAACUUGCAGCCACUCUUUUAAGCAGUACCUAAAUAGGCUGCUAAUAUUGGGUCCGAUGGUCUGAGAAAGCUUGUAAGCUUAACAACUUUGUAAUCAUCAAUAUUGGUUUCAAACUGGAAUAUGAAAUGAAUUUUGAUUGAGUGAAGGGUUCCAAAUGUGAUACAACACAUAAUGCUGGUUUGAUCCCAAAACUGAUGAUUAAAAAGUUGUUAACCUUGCAAACUUUCUCCGACCGUCUAACCAUCGGGCAUGGAUCCGACAUUAGUAGACUAUUUAGGCAUAAAGGGUGGCUGCAAGUUGAGCUUUAUAGCACGAGAAAAGGUUUGUGGGAGUAAAUCAUUCAAUGGUUUCCAUCAAACACUACAAGGAUUUACAUAUAAGAUGAAUAUGUGUAGAUGGGCAUGACUGUUCAUUGGCAUGUUUUUUUACUUUGAUUUGAAGUCGGUGUGGAAUUUAGAAAUGAUGGCGGUGAAAAGGGGUACAAACUACAAACUGGAUGGCAUGGAUCUACUUUGUAUUUUCUAUGAUCAAUUUCAAUUAUGUAUUUUUUAUUGCGCAACAGGUUGGAAAGUAGGAGAUAGGGAGGCGAAAUUGAAAAAGGGAAACACUAGACAUGACACAAACAUACAUACAAGGUCUAAAUCUUUCCAACAUUGUUAUUGGGCUUAGGUUGAAAGAUACAAAAAGAAUUUAGUAUAUAACAAAAUUCAGGGCCGAUCCAUUGGCUUUCGAUGCCCGGGACAAGAUAGUAAAAAAAUGCCCACCAUACGAUAAACCAAACACAUCGUUUUAGGAGCAUCCUUUAUCCAACAUUUAUCUAGGUCUUAACACCAUAUUUGAUAUAAAAAUAUGGAUUUGCCAUCAUCUAAAUUCAUCUUUUGAUGAACCAUAUAGCCAAGAGAAACCAUGAACCAGAAUAGAAGAGUUUGCCCCACCCAUAAGUAAAUAUUUCAUAGUAGCCUCAUUAGACCGUAUAUCUUUCUUGGUAUAUCUUUCUUGGUAUAUCCAGAUAAUAGGUAUGUAUGUUAAAAUUUUCAAACCUUAAAAUCAAGGAUAUAACCAUACAAAAUCCAAUUUAAAUUUAAAAAUAAUCAAAAUCAAAAUCUCUCAAAUGAGCACAUCACUAUCACCGCCAACCUUCUUCAUGUUUGAGAAUCCCAAUCCACCUACCUAUUCCUAAUCAUAUUCCUAAUCAGGUGCAUCAAUUUUUUCAAGAAAAGGUUAAAACGUUGAUAGCAUUUUCUUUCAAUUAAAACAAAAACAAGACUUCUAUAUGGUCAUGAGUCCACAAGUUUCAUACAUCAAUAAACACCAAAUAAAGGGUGUUAGAAGUGGGAGUUGCUACAAGAUAUUUUUACUCAUUUCAGUUUUCAGAAUCAAUGUAUAUCUUAAUGAUUUUUCACG